CAGGUGUGGGUGAGGAGUGUUGAUUCAGCGGAGCAGGGUGUGGUGGCGGAGCAGGAGGGUGUGACUGACGGUGUUUAUAAGGCGCUGUCCCAGGCCCUCACACACAUUCUGAUACACACACCUGAUGGAACUAACCGACCGCUCCACCACAGAACUCUGGAUUGGAUUGAAGAAGAUGAAGAGGCUGCUGCUUGUGAUAGCAGCACUGGCGGUGGGUUCCUCCGCCCAGACGGACUGCUUCCGGGGCGCCUGCUACCCCCCCACCGGGGACCUGCUCCUUGGGCGGGCCGACCGGCUCCACACCUCCUCCACCUGCGGCCUGGCAGGCUCCGAGGUCUUCUGCACCCCCUACCAACAGUGGAGGAUGAAGUGCUGUCCAUGUGACUCCAGGAACCCAGCGUCCUCUCUGGCUCACACCGUGCAUGACGUCCUAUCGACCGCAGGACCAGACAGGUGGUGGCAGUCCAAGAAAGAUGUGAAUCCGGUCUCUAUCGAGUUGAACCUUCCCAACCCUGUCCAGCUGGACCACCUGAUCCUCAACUUCAAGGGCCCUCGACCCGACGCCCUGGUCAUCGAGAAGACCCUGGACCAGGGCCGCAGCUGGCAGCCCACCCUCUACAUCGCCUCAGACUGCCAGGCCUCCUUUCCCGGGGUCUCCACGGCCACACCCCACAGCAUGGAGCAGACCUACUGCUACACCCUGCCCCCCGCCGGGCCCAGCCACUACGGCGACCAGAAGAUCCAGUUCAGUCCGUUGCAGCAAUACUCCUUUGUCUCCGCUCCUGAAGCCCAGAAGAUAGAAAGUCUGUCGGGGCUGACGGGGCUGAGGGUACGGCUGACGGACCUGGGAGAUGUGCCCCGCCUGCCCGGCCGCGCGCUGAGCCGCUUCUAUGCCCUCAGGGAGAUGCAAGUGAUGGGCAGCUGCCUGUGCCAUGGGCACGCCAACCGCUGCCUGCCCGACAACUCCUCCAGCAUACAGGUGGGCGACCGCUGUGAGUGCCAGCACAACACCGCCGGGGUGAACUGUGAGCGCUGUGCUGACCUGUUCCAGGACCGGCCCUGGAGGCCUGCCGAGGAGAGACACACGCACGCCUGCCAGCGUUGCGAGUGCAAUAACCACGCCCAGAGCUGCCGCUUCGACCAGGCGGUGUACGAGGCCAGCGGGCGGAGGAGUGGAGGGGUGUGUGAGAGCUGCCAGCACCACACCACAGGGCUGCAGUGUGGCCAGUGUGCCCCAGGCUACCAAGCCAACCCCCGCAGCAGUAUGGACCAACCGGACGCCUGCACACGCUGUGUCUGCAGUGUGGAGGGCGCCGUGGACGGAGGGCAGUGUGACGAGGUCGCGGGGUCAUGCCGCUGUAAGGCCAACGUCAAGGGAUCCCGCUGCGACCGCUGCAAGAGUGGCUACUACGGCCUGAAGGUUUCCAACCCUCUGGGCUGCACUGAGUGCUCCUGCUCUCCGGACGGCUCCAGCUCCCACCUGUGUGACCCGGUGACGGGGCAGUGCCCCUGCCACGCCCACUUCCAGGGCCUCACCUGUGACCGCUGCUCCACGGGCCACUGGAAGCCAGUGUGGGAGAGUGGCUGUGAGAGCUGUGGCUGUGACCCGACCAACUCUCUCAGCGACACCUGCGACCAGUCGACAGGCCAGUGUAAGUGCAGAGCAGGCUUUGGAGGGCGUACCUGCACCGAGUGUCCAGACAACAAAUACGGAGAUCCUCUGAUAGGCUGUAAACCCUGUAGCUGUGCCGCUGCAGGGACCCUUCUGGGAGGCUGCGACAGGAAGACGGGAGAGUGUGUGUGUCGCCUGGGGGUCAGCGGGCCACGCUGUGACAUGUGCAGCCGAGGUCACUGCGACUCCUUCCCCAUCUGUGAGACCUGCCCCCUGUGCUACUUCGACCUGGAGGCCCAGAUCGGGAACUUCAGUCUGAGCAUGAAGGAGCUUUCCCGCAGGGGGCCCUCCCCCCCCACCGGCCCCGGCCAGCCCUCCGCCCUGGAGCCCCGCAUCAGGGCCCUGGAGGCCCAGCUGAAGAGGAUCCGCUCCUCGGUCCCUCCCUUUCUGAGCUCGUCCCCUCAGAUGAACAAGGCCUUCGCUGAGCUCAACAGACUCAGGGACGAGAUGGACCAGCUGGACGGAGCAAUCUCCCCCCUGAGGCAGGUGCCGGGUCAGGACUCCAAGCUGGAUGCUCUUCAAGCUAUGCUGGACGGGCUGGUUCUCAAGUAUAAAGCCAAGAACUCUGCACUGAAGAAUACCACUAAUGCCGACUACACAGGGGCCCUCUCCACCAUCCAGAAGGCCCACGAUGAGUCUACGGACGCAGCCAAAAGUGUGGACGCCAGCGAUAAGAUAGUGGACCGGUCAGAAGCCACCAGAAAGGAAACCGAGGACCUCCGCAACAAAGUCCAGCCGGGAAACACCCAGGAUCUUGAGGAACUGGACAGACUUCUGGCCACCAGACCAGACUUGACACCGACGGCUCAGAAGGUGUGUGGCAGCACGCGUUCAGCUCCCUGCACUCCACAGAACUGCGAGGCCAGUGGCGAUCUCUGCCCUGUGGCGCCCCCAUGUGGUCGCGGCGAUAUGUGCGUCGGUGCGCUGCCUCUGGGGAAACGCGCUGUGUCUGAUGCCGCCGAAGUGAAAGACAGAGUGGGGAGUUUCAAUAGCAAGAUCGAACAGGCUGAAGAGCAGCUUGAAGAAGCAAAGAAAACAGCCAACCAAGUGACAAAGUCUUCAGAGAAUCUGUCUAAUGAGAUCAAAAAGGCCAGAGAUGAGCUGGAGACCGAUUUGAAAGACACACGCAACUUUGUGAAAGACCUCAGAGACUUCUUGUCAGCCCCCAACUCCAACCUGAGCCACGUGCAGGAGGUGAGUGACUGGGUCCUGAGGGCCAAGCUGCCCCUGAGCCUGGCGGUCCUGAAGAGGAAGCUGGAGGACCUGAAAACCCUGGCCGCCUCUCUGCCAGACAGCUCCCGCGUCCUGGAGCGGGCCGGACCUCCGCUGGAGACCGCACGCAGGCUGCUGCAGCAGGCCAAGGACGCACGGGAUGCUACGCUGGGAGUGGGGGCUGACGUGGACGGGCUGCUUCAGGGCUUUGUCUCCGUGGAGGACUCCAUCUCCAGCAUGAGGGAUAAACUACAAGACAGCAUGGAUACCAUCGAUGACCUGAACGCAGACCUCACAAAGGCCAGAGACCAGCUGACCCCAGCAGAAAAGGCCCUGAGGGAGCUGGCCCCCCUGCCCGGGGCCCUGCGGCCCACGCUGGACCAGCUCAGAGACCUCCUGCGCUCUGGGAACGGACUGGCUGUCAACGCGACAGAGGAGGCGGAUAGAGCCAGGGCAGAGGCCGACCAUGCAGCAAGGGACCUGGUGUCUCUGGAGAAGCAGCUGGACCUCCUGAAGGCGGCCGAGGCCAGCAGCGGGCCCAGCGACGGCUCGCAGCCCGGGGGUGACAGGCUGCGCGAGCUGCAGCAGGACGCAGGCUCUCUGGGGAGGGAGACCGGAGGCCUCCUCAGCUCCCUAGCAGGGCGAGCAGACUCGCUGCGCCGGCUGCAGGAAGACGUUCUGCAGAACUCUGAGCGGCUCCGCGGGCUGAACGUCAAGGUGCAGGGCCUCCUGACGAAGCUCCGCACCAGGGUCAAGGUCCUGUCUGAGUGCCAGGGCUGAGAGGCCCUCUCCUCAUGUGGCGCCGCGCUUGACAUUGCUGUGUGGACUCGGUCCUCCAGCUGAGUGACCAGAGCAGAACUCAGGAGCAGAAUGAGCAGGACCAUCAGGAUUAGUUGGAACAAGAUGUGUGUGUUACAUGUUAACACAUAUUCUGCUGUACUAUAGAGUACAGCAGAAUACGAGUGAGGUUUAACAAUUAAUAUUGGAUUAAGAGAAUCAAUAUGCACUACUUCACUACUAUCUAGAAAACUGAGUUUGAUUACAGUAGGAUGUCUUGAGUUAACACAGCAUCUGUGACAUAAUUAUAACGUAAUGAUCUCAUCACUUUUAGAAACAUCCUUUCAGAUAUCAACAUUGCGUCAACUCUUUAUCAGAUUAUUUAUAUUUUAUAUGUUUCAUUAAGUAUUUUGUACUCGCAAAAUGUUGUGGAGUUCACCCGUUACAAUAAAAGCUAUGUUUUACAUCUGG